CUCUGCAGUCCACCGCUCAGCUGUCACACUCAGCUGUCCAGCGCUCACAGGAAACUUUUAAACACCGCAGUCGCAGGCCCUGCUUCUCCUGUCCAUAGUGUCCGUGAUGAGUUACUACAUGGAUCCAGUUUCUUCCUACCCAGCCCUUCACCCCUGUGACCGUCUGGGCACACUGAGGCAGAGUGGAGGUGUGGCAAUGGGCCCACAGACCCAGCACCCAGGUGUGGUUCACCCUCAUCAGCAGUAUUACCCAUCACAGCCCCUUUACCCUCACGAUAUACCCCUGCAGGAGGUUCCGGACGGACGUGAAAUGUGCCCUACAGAUCCCGAGUGUGGAGAUGUCCCCCUGCUAACUCCAGGAAGUAAAGAGAUGAUGUCCCAGGCUUUGAAGGCUACCUUUAGUGGCUUCACAAAGGAACAGCAGCGACUGGGUAUUCCCAAAGAUCCUAGACUGUGGACAGAAAAGCACGUGGCCGAGUGGCUAACGUGGACCGUGAACGAAUUCAGUCUGAAGAACGUCGAUUUUGACAAGUUUGGCAUCAACGGAGCCAGCCUGUGUGCGAUGGGGAAGGAGCGAUUCUUGGACUUGGCGCCUGACUUUGUGGGCGACAUCCUUUGGGAGCAUUUGGAAAUGCUUCAAAAAGAGGAUACAAAGCAUUACCCCAUGAAUGGACUCAACUCUAACUUCCAGGAAUCCCGCUUUACCUCAGACUACUUUGUCAGCUAUGGUGUUGAGCACGCUCAGUGUGUCCCUCCUUCUGAAUACUCAGAGCCCGGCUUCAUCACAGAGUCCUACCAGACACUUCAUCCCAUCAGCUCAGAAGAACUGCUGACCCUCAAAUAUGAGAGUGAAUACCCUGCUGCGGUCAUCCUCCGGGACACGGCCCUCAACGGCAUGCCGGGAGACUACUUUUCUGUCAAGCAAGAGGUGGUGUCACCUGACAACAUGUGCGUGGGACGCCUCAGCAGAGGUAAGCUUGGUGGCCAGGACUCGUUUGAGAGCAUUGACAGCUAUGAGAGCUGCGACCGACUGACCCAGUCCUGGAGCAGUCAGUCUUCAUUUAGCAGCCUGCAGCGGGUACCGUCUUAUGACAGCUUUGACUCAGAAGACUACCCCACUGCCUUGCAUGGCCACAAGCCCAAGGGCACCUUUAAAGACUAUGUGAGGGAGCGCUCAGACCUCAGCAAGGACAAACCCGUCAUCCCAGCAGCAGCACUGGCAGGAUACACAGGCAGUGGCCCCAUCCAGCUGUGGCAGUUUCUUCUGGAGCUACUGACCGACAAGUCUUGCCAGUCCUUCAUCAGCUGGACAGGCGACGGCUGGGAGUUCAAGCUUUCUGACCCAGAUGAGGUUGCUCGAAGGUGGGGCAAAAGAAAAAACAAGCCUAAGAUGAAUUAUGAGAAGCUGAGCCGUGGCCUGCGUUACUACUAUGACAAGAAUAUCAUCCACAAGACAUCUGGGAAACGCUAUGUCUACCGUUUUGUCUGUGACUUGAAAAGCCUGCUGGGGUACACUCCCGAGGAGCUGCAUGCAAUGUUGGAUGUAAAGCCUGAUACGGACGAGUGAAUCAGAUAUGAAAGAAUAAAAAAGGAAGUGAAGACAAAAAGUUAAGGAGCCACUUGGACUGAGGCUCAUAAAGUGGUCUUAACUGUUUAAUAGAAUUGGUAAACCAAUUAUUUUGGGGACCAAAAAUGUUUUGUUUUGGUUUUUGGGUUUUUUUUGCUGUUUUUUUUAAACGAAUAACUGUGGUCUUUGUCAACUUUGAGCUCCUGUCUCUCAGACCAUAAUUUUAAAACCGAAGGCAGAAGCCUAAAACCUGUAUUCUUACCCUGUUGCAUUUGAGGUGCGUGUGUGUGCACGCAUGUGUGUAUGUGUGUAUGAGUGACUUAUACUGGUGUCAUUUAGCAGCUCAAAGCAGACAAAGCGUUACCGGGUAGAUUUCAGGUUCUGUUCUGACUAAGUAGCAAAGUGGGGGAGAACUGAGAGAGAGAGAGAGAGACAAUAAAAAUGUUGGGCUAAACGAAGCGGAAAGUUCCUGCUAAGAAAACGGUUGCCAAAAAAACCUGAACUGAACUGAGGAAGGUAUAAUCUCAUACUUGCAUACAUGCUUACUGUUUUUCCCUUUGGCAGUGACAGACUUUUUUCAGCUAGGACCAAAAAAAAAACAAAAGGAAAAAAAAAAGUGUCUGGUAUAAAUUGCUGUUUAUGCUUGUGCCACCAUACUAAUGCCGAUUUCUCAAAACAGUCGCUGUACAUCUUCUGGAUAAGUGUUGUAAAGGGUAUUUUUUCACAUUGUUCUCAGUGACGGUAUUACAGUGGAACCAAACAUUAGAUGCCAAGUUUUACUCGUCUGUUCUCAAGGAACUUUCAACUGAAAUGUGCUGAUGCGUUAUCAGACAACACUAUAGACACUGGCCCCUUGCUUUGUAGAGUGUGAAGACCUGGUGAGGUUACUCAUAGCAAGAGUGUCUGAAAGACAACUGAAAGUAGCCGUUGCUUUUGAAACUGACACGUUCACCUUUAUGUACAUGUUUGCCACCUCGUUAGAGACGCAUAUUGUGACUGAAAGUCGUGCAUUUUUUUUUUUUUUUUUU